AUACAACACACCUUGUCGACUCUUACCUUCUCCAACCCAACCCUAUCCUUUGGAGAUUAUAAUUGAAAAUCAAUCUCUAAAAAACCCUAGAUCUUCAUAGUGCCGGAGGUUGUUCGUCGGUUCAUUGUUUGUUGAAAAAGAUUUGGAUUUUGAAUUGGGAGUUAGGGUUUUGUUUUGAUGGAGCCUCGUAUUGGGAACAAGUUUCGGUUGGGUCGGAAGAUUGGCAGUGGAUCGUUUGGGGAGAUCUAUCUUGGGACUAAUAUUCAGACCAAUGAAGAGGUUGCAAUUAAGCUCGAAAGUAUCAAGACAAAGCAUCCUCAGUUGCUGUAUGAGUCGAAGUUAUACAGAAUUCUACAGGGAGGAACUGGAAUUCCUAACUUGAGAUGGUUUGGUGUGGAAGGAGACUAUAAUGUUCUAGUGAUGGAUUUACUUGGACCUAGUCUUGAAGAUCUAUUCAAUUUUUGCAGUAGGAAACUUUCUUUGAAGACAGUUCUCAUGCUUGCAGAUCAAAUGAUCAAUCGUGUUGAAUUUGUCCAUUCUAAAUCAUUUUUACAUCGGGAUAUCAAGCCGGACAAUUUUCUUAUGGGCUUGGGACGGCGUGCAAACCAGGUAUACAUCAUUGACUUUGGUUUGGCUAAGAAAUAUAGGGACUCCUCAACCCAUCAACACAUUCCUUAUAGAGAGAAUAAGAACUUGACUGGAACUGCAAGAUAUGCAAGCAUGAACACUCACCUUGGUAUAGAACAAAGCAGGAGGGAUGAUUUGGAAUCUCUUGGAUAUGUCCUUAUGUACUUUCUACGAGGAAGUCUUCCUUGGCAGGGACUGAAAGCAGGAACAAAGAAACAGAAAUAUGAGAAGAUUAGUGAAAGAAAAGUUUCAACAUCUAUUGAGGCCUUGUGUCGGGGUUUUCCUAUGGAAUUUGCUUCAUACUUCCAUUACUGUCGCUCACUGAGGUUUGAGGAUAAGCCAGAUUAUGCUUAUCUGAAAAGAAUAUUUCGUGACCUCUUUAUCCGUGAAGGCUUCCAGUUUGAUUAUGUUUUUGACUGGACCAUUUUGAAGUAUCAGCAAUCACAGAUUGCUGCUCCUUCCCGGCCUGUGGGCCCAACUGCUGGAACUAGCUCUGGAAUGCCCCCUGCUAUUCCCAAUGUAGAUCGACAGUCAGGUGAGGAAGAAGGGAGACCAGCUGGUUUGUCUUCAGCGGAUCCAUCUCGUCGGAGAAGUUCUGGACAAGCUAUAAAUGCAGGAAGUUUUUCUAAGCAGAAGAGUCCAGUUGCAAAUGAUUCAACAAUGAGCAAAGACGCUAUGUUAUCAAGCUCCACUAUUGUGGGACGAUCAAGCGGGUCGUUGAGGCGAACUACUGCCUCUGGUAGCCGUGAUGCAUUUACAGUGGGGAAUGAAUCUGACCCGUCACGCUCUCGUACGACUGACGCAAGUCCAGGAACAGUACACAAGAUCUCAAGUGGGCAGAGAAGUUCAUUACUUGGUGGUUCCUCGGACCCCAAGCAUGCUUCAUCUAGCAAGAAUAAUUCUGGCAUGAAGAACUAUGAAACCACUCUCAAGGGCAUUGAUAGUCUGCGUUUUGAUGAGGAAGGCUCAGAGAGGGUUCACUAUUGAUUGUUGUAAAUCAUCAAUGACUGUUGCUUAUCUUUUCACAUUCUUGUAAAUCAUAGACCUGUUUGCUAAACAUCAGGUAGAAUUUGUCAGCUUCAUGGAGUUUUUGGUGGGAAGCUGUGGAUUAAAACCAAGGAACUCUGGGUUUCUUGGCGCUCUAAAAGAUCAAUAAGGAGGAAAGAACCAAGACGAGCGGCAGAGUCUCCACAUCAAUAUCAAGAUGAGGCGGCAUUGUCUCUAUAGACUUGAGUCAUGUUGGCAUGGCUUCCUUAUUAUGUUUACCCUUGAACCCCCAUCAUUGACAAUCUAUGUGUUUUUAGUGUUGGGGGUUAGAGCAAUGUCCUAACUGUAAAUUGGCUGAUUCUAUGCAUAAAUUUCUAUUUCACUUUUGAUUUUCAUGCCGAACCAUAAAUUUCAGAAAUGUGGCAUGGAGAGAGUUUUUG